GACUCAUUUCGAGAAACGAUUUUGAUUUCUAGUUAAAAUUGAGGAUUUGAUUUCGCUUAUUGUUUAAUUUAUACUAUAAACUUUAUAUUAAUAUACCAAUGCUUUCAGUUAUACAUUUUUAAAUUUGUGAGGAGAUUGAAAUUACAUUUCUAAACGAUUGUGCAAUCUUCAAACCACUGUAUAAUCUAUUUAUCUCUUGCUUUAACGAUUUAAACUAUAUGAACGCAAGGUUAAACCUGUAUAUUUACAUUCAACAUGCCAGUCACCUAGACAAUCUAGACGGUUAGGGUCUUCAAAGUUGUUCAGAAGGUCAAUGACUUGUGGUCGGCGGACAGUUCAGAAUUCAGCCGCAAUGCAACGUUAGUGUAUGCGUAAUUUUGAACAUUCUGAACUUUUUAUAUCUCGAAAAUCCUACCACUUAGAGGGUUCAGCAAGGCUAUUAAGGAGAUCAAAGACUUUUAGUUGGUAUGAAUUUUGAUUCAAAUCCUAUCCUAUCACUUAGAAAGAUGUUUAGAAUUUCACGGGUUUCUGGUUGGCCAGUUUAGAUCUGAAUUCCGCCACAACGCGGAACUAGUAUGCGCAAAGCUUUUAGUAUUUUCUACUCCAAACGCCUUUUUUUUAAUUCCAAGAUGGUGAUUCCCGGUUUCUGAAAAACAGUCUUAAAUGGCCGAAUACUUCCCAACAUGGGUAUUUUCAGAAUCGCAAAGAUGCCUAGAGAGUGGAAUUCAUCUUCAGACGCCAUUAAAAAAUCCAAAAUGGCGACUUCCGGUUAGCGGAAAACAUGAACAAAUACCAACUGGUAUUUCCAUAAUCGGAAUGAUGCACAAAAUAGGGCAGAGCUUUCAAAAUUAACUUCCCUUGUGUUCCCUGAAAUAUUUAUUUAUUUAUUUAUUUAUUUUAGUCAACAGAUAAUAUGUUUACCCCAAUGACCUCACUAAUAAUAACAGCUUAAAAUUAACACAAAAUUCGCUUAAAACUAAGUUUGUUCGCUUCGCGAGAUACAUUAAAGUUAUAAACAUGGUAACAGCUAUUAAACACUCGGGACAUAUUACUAAUUGGUUCAUGACGGCCAUAAUCAGUCCUUGCACGACGGAUUCUCAGGAACGGGUGCGAUCGGAGGUUGCGGCGGCGUAUGUUGAUGUUCAAAGAGCUAAGUAGCGAAGAGCAGUCAAUAUUACCCUGAAAGAGGUCAGCUAUGUAGCACGCUUUAGCCAAGUUGCGUCUAUCCUCCAAUAGUUCUAAUCUAAACAGUAAGCAACGACUUUCACAACAGGGUAGGUGGCGUGGAUUUGCCCACCUGAGGUGGCGUAAAGCGAAGCGGACGAAUCUGCGUUGAACAGCCUCAACGCGGUUCUUCCCAUCCUGAUUAUAGGGUGCCCAAACCACAGAUGUAUAUUCCAGUAACGGCCGAACAAUUGCACAGUAUAAUGCUUUCAGGCAGUAAAUGUUUUUAAACUUCUUGGCAAAGCGAAACAGGAAUCCUAGCUGCGACGAGGCUUUCGAAACGAUGUGUGCAAUAUGAUCUUUGAAGUUCAGUUUGGUAUCGAGCAGAUUCCCAGGUCUUUCACUGUUGAUUCGCGCUUUAACUAUACACCUGCCAAAGCGUAGUUGAAAUUGAUGUUGGAGCUUCUGCGACUAAACGAAAUGACAGAGCAUUUGGAUACGUUCAACGACAUCCGGUUAAGUUGACACCAGUCAGCGAAGGCUUCCAAUUGCUGUUGCAAGAACAACGCGUCCUUUGGCUGUUUUAUCGUGUAAUAUAACUUCAAGUCAUCGGCGUAGGAGAGUUUAGAGCACUUGAGGGUAAGGAUGACAUCGUUCAUGUACAGCAAGAAUAGAAAUGGUCCAAGAUGACUUCCCUGAGAAACAUCGGACCAAACGGGGAAAGGUGAGGAAAUGUGGUCACCGAUUUUGACGGACAUAUUUCUUUCGGGUCAAUACGAUUCGAGCCAUACAAACAAAUUAUCAUUCAUGCCAAGUUUGUCAAAUUGGCUAUGGCAAUCUGGUGAUUCAUUUUAUCAAACGCCGCAGAUAAAUCGGUGUAGAUAGCAUCGACUUGCUGGCCAUUUUCUAAUUGACGAAUUACAAACGAUGUGAAGCAGGUUAAGUUAGUCGUUGUGGAACGUUUAGACAUAAAACCGUGCUGAUCCGGUGAUAUCUACUGUACAUAUCUCUGAGUCAGCAUGCGCAACACUGUCAACUCAAACAGCUUAGAGGUAGCACUCAAAGCGGCUAUUCCGCGAUAAUUCGAGACGACUCGCUUAGAGCAUCCUUAACAGUGCGGUACCAUUUAAGUUGCUUAUGGCGGCUGUGUACAGCGCGGCUAUUUUGCUCACUCACCCGUUUUCACACCGGGUUGCUAUCACGGCUGUCAUUUUAGCUGCCCCAUUCCGUACCGGUAGUAGUCAAACAGUUGCUUUGGAAUCAUCAUACCGUUACAUAUUUGUAACCAAUGGAGGACUAUUGGCUAUCAUCGGACUCAAGCGACGACGAUCUGGACAUAAUGAGCAGGAUGUUAUUUGAUACUCAAGCAAAAUCUAUAGAAACGGCGGAAAUGGUACGUAAGCAUGGGGUUCGAGCUAGAAGACGCCCGAAUAGCGAUAGGUUGAGGCAGGAAGGAGCAGAACGUUUGAUGACAGAUCACUUCUCCGAAAAUCCAACCUACAACGAGGAACAAUUUCGCAGGCGCUUCCGAAUGAAUCGUGGAUUGUUCACGCGUAUUGUCAAGGACGUAGAAGCUGCCAACGAUUAUUUCGUUUUACGGCCGGAUGCAACCGGCAAAUUGGGCUUGACAGGGCUGCAAAAAUGCACUGCAGCGAAACGUCAAUUAGCCUACGGUUGUCCAGCAGACUCGGUCGACGAAUACACCCGAAUGUCAGAGUCCACCGCUAGGAAUUGCCUCUUGGAAUUCUGCCGAACUAUAGAUAAUCUAUAUGGGGCGGAGUACUUACGUUCACCGAACCCGAAAGACAUUAAACGGCUGAUGGAGGAAGGAGAAAAACGCGGGUUCCCGGGGAUGCUGGGGUCUUUGGACUGUUGCCACUGGAAAUGGAAAAACUGCCCCACUGCUUGGGCAGGACAAUAUAAGGGGAGAAACAAAAAUCCGACAAUCAUUCUCGAGGCAGUAGCAUCCUAUGAUUUAUGGAUCUGGCAUGCCUUUUUUGGUAUGCCGGGCUCCACAAACGAUAUUAACGUGUUGGAACGUUCUCCGCUUUUCGCGGAUCUGUAUAGUGGAAGAGCUCCGACUGUAGAGUUCGAGGUGAACGGAAGAACCUAUACAUCCGGCUACUAUUUGGCAGACGGUAUUUAUCCACCACUGUCAACACUGGUGCAGACGAUUUCGGUGCCGGUUGAUCAGAAACACAAGGUAGGUACGAAUUAUUAAACAUUUCGUUGCUAGUCUUAUCCUCAAGACUCACUAAACUACUAUUUCUGUCGCAACCAAGCAGAUUUGUUGCAUAACAGCUAGUUAAACAGUUGUCAAGCCAAGAUUAACUGAAGAACAGCCUUAUAGACUGCUUAUUAAUAAAAUUGUUUGUGGGUACCUUAAUUCUUUUUAAAUCACUCGAAUGAGUAUACUCAUAGGGAUAGUCUUCAACAAGUUGUAUUUUCUUAAGCAAGUUCGACAUUUUGACGGGAUUCGAGUAGGCCCUCCCUGUAGAAAGUGAUGAAGGCCUGACUUGCACAUUUUUUCCCUAGCCCUUUUUGAGCUAUCUCUUUGUAGGAAACUCCCUUCCACUCCGCUUCUCUGCGGAGCUCUACGAUCAUCUCGCAGGUACGAGAUCGACGAAUGAUUCGUAUUUCCACACCAAUAUCAUUUAGCUGGGUGUCGCCUCUCGUAACCCUCAAAACUCUGAAGUAUUUUAACCCAUUAGCCUUGAGUAUGAGCGCGUCUCCCUUCCUCCUCUUGUUUAUCCUCGGUGGUUUAUUAGAGAGGUUACAACACUCGCGCAUUUCCUGUUUCAACACCUUUUUCGUCCGCCACGGUAGUCCAUUUUCCGUUUCCUGUGACUUUGCUAUUGGUCUAUGCCGUACCGUGAAGACUCUACUAACGAGCCGGUCGAUGGGCUUUUUCAGGAGAUCGACGGCACAGUGUCCGUACCCCCAUCACACAUUGGACAAGCUUCCGCUACUAUACCUGUAGAGAGGCCUCGACGGCUGUUGCAGCAUUGUCUAUUGAAAAUAGCUGAACGGGUUUUCGAGGUCCAGGAUCCUGAUGAACUAGCUCACUUUUUCAACACGCAUGUAAAGCAAAUUCAUGAUAGCGUUAUUCCACUCCGAACAAGCAAAUCCAAGUCAUCUAACGUCUGUUUCAACAAUCGAAUGCGAAAAUCCAUGCUUGAGCGCGAUCUAGUCUACAACAGUUGGCUCUGAGCCCCAGGAGAGCUUAAAGAAGCAGCGCGAACAUAACUAAUUCAAGGAUAUGAUCUGCAAAAAAGCGGUACAUGAAAAAUUUCCUAGAGAGUAGAGUCCCCCAAAAGACUUAAUAGCAAAGGUUUAAAGAUACCGUAAUUGGCAAAGUUAAAAUACCAGCCACAUGCGACUUCCACCCAGAUGACGUGAAUCGCAUGUUUCGCUAAAGCUGUCAAGCCAGUGCGGUUUUUGGCAAUCGACGCUUGAAACAUCAUACGGUUUUUCAUUCCGGCCUGUGCAUUGCUGAGAAAUCGUCAACGUUAUAUGGAACAUCAAAUCAAAUGUGACAGGACCGGAUGGGCAAAAAAAAAUUGCCAAUCGUUAUACAUCAAAUAACGAAUAUUUUUAACAGAGUUAUUACUUAUUUUACUUGACUUUACUUUUAUGGCGACAGAUCGUUGAGAUCCUAUGCCGAAUCCAGAAUACGUCUCCACGUAACUUAAUCUUGGGCUGAUACUCUCCGGUCUCCCCUUACAACCGCUGCUCUGGCAUCCUAGUCGACAGCACACAUCCAGCGCGCGCGAGGUCUACCUCGAAGUCGUCUGCCUCUAUCCGGCUCUCUGCUAAAUAUUAUCUUUGCCGGUCGCUCAUCCACCAUCCGUGCUACAUGGCCAGCCCAGUGCAACCUGCCGUGUUUCAUCAGCUUGACAAAAUCAGCGUGUUUAUAUACUUCGUACAGCUCGUGAUUCAUGCACCUGCGCCACACCCCAUUCUCUAAUUUGCCUCCAAGUAUUGAUCGCAGGAUUCUACGCUCGAAGACCUGAAGCGCUCUUCGGUCGGCCUCCUUCCACGUCCACGAUUCAUGUCCGUAGAGCGCCACCGGGAGGAUCAGAUCCUUUAGAGCGCAAAUUCCGUACGGAUCUGUAGGCUACGGGACCUAAGCUGACUUUAUAAUCCGUAAUAAGCACAAUUCGCCGCCGCAAUUCGCCUCUUCACCUCGCGGCUCACCUCGUUGUCACACGUCACGAGAGUACCAAGAUAAACGAAUUCGUCGACCACUUCGAAAGUAGCCCCAUCCAUCUCCACCGCAGCACCAAUACCCGCAGAACUACCACGCUCUCUGCCAGCCACCAUGUACUUCGUUUUGGCGUUUUGGCAGUGUUUAUGGUGAGUCCAAUUCUCGCAGCUUCCCUUUUGAGAGCCGUAAAGGCCUCUUCAACUGCUCUACGGUUAACACCAAUUAUAUCAAUGUCGUCCGCGAAGCCCAGAAGCAUGUGAGACUUAGUGAUGAUGGUGCCGCUCCUCUGCACACCUGCCCUUCGUAUUGCACCUUCCAAAGCUAUGUUGAACAGCAAGUUCGAGAGCCCGUCACCUUGCUUCAGGCCAUCCAACGUCACAAACGCGUCCGAAAAUUCGCCCGCUGUCCUGACGCAUCAUGUGAAACCGUCAAGCGUCGCACGUAACAGUUCAAUUAGUUUUGUUGGGAAACCAUGUUCUAUCAUUAUUCGCCAAAGCUCGUUGCGUUUCACUGUGUCGUACGCCGCCUUAAAGUCUUUAAACAGAUGAUGCGUCGGAUAGUUGUGUUCUUGAAACUUGUCGAGAAUCUGUUUCAAGGUAAACAUCUGGUCCGUUGUAGAUCGCCCCACUAUAAAACCGCUUUGGUAUUCUCCAACAAAGGCUUUCUGAAACGGUAUCAGUCGCUGGAACAGGAUACGCGAGAGAAUUUUGUAAGAGGAAUUGAAGAGGGUUAUGCCCCGAUAGUUACUACAGACGAGCCUAUGUCCCUUCUUGUAGGUAGGGCAUAUGAGUCCUUCCAACCAGUCCGUAGGUAGUUGUUCCUCAGACCAUACCCUUAGGAUAAUCUGGUGAAUUGCACUACACAGCCGCUCACUCCCAACUUUGAAAAGUUCGACCGGUAAGCCGUCCUUCCCUGCGGCUUUGUGGUUCUUUAGCUCUUUGCAAGCAUUCUUCACCUCGUCCAAUGUUGGUGGGUCCACAGCUUGUCCAUCCUCCCCAAUUUCUAUCCUGUUCCCCUCGACGACUCUCCUACCUUCGUCACCGUUCAACACCACUUCAAAAUGUUGCUUCCAACGCCUGGCUACCUGCGAUUUAUCGGUAAUCAGGUUCCCCUCCUGGCACGGUCCGGUUCCUGAUUCCGUUGAUCGUUUAUAGAAGCUCCUCGUGUCGUGCCUGGUGAAGCAAUUCUCCGCCUCCGCGAGGACGCGAUCGUAGUGCUCACGUUUCUUACGGCGAUGAAGCCUCUUUUCGGCAGCUUUUGCCUCCCGGUAUUUCUUCCGCAUGUGACGCGUUACACGAUUAGCUGCUACUAACGUGUUGGCGUAGGCUAGGUUCUUCUCCUCCGUCACCUCUAGACACUCAGCAUCGAACCAUCCACUACGCGUUGUUCCCGUUGUCAUGCCUAUCACUUCUCGCGCUGUUUCACUGACCGCAUCAUGGAUGUGCUUCUACUGCUCGUUCAGGUUCACUCCAGCUGGCUCACCGAGCCGUCUAUCAACUUUCCGAGUAUACUCUGCAGCAACUCCUUCCGCUGAUAACCUCUGGAUGUCCAAACGUAUCAUUCUCGCCGAUCUCGAUUUAAAUACGUUGGACAACCGGGCGCGAAUCUUGCCUACCACGAGAUAGUGAUCCGAGUCGAUGUUUGGCCCUCAAAAGGACCGCACAUCUAUGACGUCUGAAAAGUGCCGGCCGUCGAUCAGCAUGUGGUCGAUCUGGGAGCAGGCCUCUCCAUUGGGGUGUCUCCAGGUGUGCUUCCGAAUAUUCAGACGUGCAAAAUGGGUACUACAAAUGGCCAUUCCCCUGGCCGCGGCGAAGUUCACUAAUCUCAAGCCGUUGUCGUUGGUGGUAGAGUGAAGGCUUUCCCUACCAAUAACGGGACGAAAGAACUCCUCUCGUCCGACUUGUGCGUUCGUAUCUCCGAUGACGAUCUUUAUAUCGUGCUGUGGGCACUCUCCAUACGUUUUCUCGAGGAGCUCAUAGAACUCCUCCUUUACGUCAUCGGUUUUAUCGUUUGUCGGCGCGUAGUGCCAAGUUUCCAAUCGUUGUCCUUUUUCGUUUGCCUAGGUCUAUACCGAUUGUUCCGAUUCGUAUCAUUCUCUGGAUUGUUCGUAGUAUGUUUAUUUUCAGCAUGCUGCCUUACUAGGGCUGCAAUGCCUAGUCUCGCGACGGGGCUACCGUCUUGGGUGUAGCUGGCGAGCCGCCCCUAACCUGGGGAACAGACGCUCAGGCAAGCUGCUCUCCAAGGAGAACAACUCCCCCUUCCCUGUCAGCAUACGACCAAGUUCCCCCCGGUUCACCGAUCUUCCCCUUGUUGCUCGUAUCCCAGUCGGUACCACGUGGAGGUAGGGAUAGGAGUUGCUGGGCAUUAUGCUAUGGACCACAUUACACAAACAAAAUUGUCAUCACAACAUAACUUUCGCAGCUAUGAUUAACCGUCAAAACACUAGAAACGUAACUGAACUCUUGAGAACACGAAUUGGGGUUUAACGCGCAUUUUAUGUUCCUAUCUUCCUAUAAUAUUAAAUUUAAAAUUUGUUAGGAUGUGGUUUCAAUGUGAACCAACAUGUUAUGUUUUUUGGUCAACUUCUCUUCAAGUAACUGAGAAGCCAACAAAAAACCUAAAAACCUAAACUUAGAGAGAAAACAAUUGUUUACCCUUCGCACACGAUGAUUGACAGUGGAAAUGAAAUCUACGACUAAAUGUGGUUAGUUACUCACUCUGUGUGAGAGAAUGUCUAGUUCUCCAAGGCGACAGGUACAAGAGGAAAUAUAAGCAAAAACCAAGAAAAUAGAUGCAGCCUGACUGUAAACUUGAAAGAAAAGUUCGAAAAACAGCACCUUUUAUAAUUAUUAGAAUGAAUUUAUCAAUUGUCGAGUGAUGUCAUAUAUAAAGCAUCACACACGGAGAAUACGGGGAACAUUUUAAGAAAAUAUCUCUCAAAUUACAAUCCUGCUUCUUUACUAGUAGAAAAAAAUGUUUUAUUGGAUGAUAGACGAAUAGCACACAGAUCGCUGCCUAAGCCUCAGUUUUAUUAAUUAGUCUUUGUUAUUUAUCACUUUGUAUUAAAAAUCUUACUUAAACACAGAUACAGUGGCUGGAAUGCCUUCAAACAACGUCUUUACGCCUUUGAAACCGGGCUUCCGUUUGUCGGGCGCUGUAAGUCAUACACUUUUUCCACGCCAAGUGCAGUAGAUAUUCUUUGCCGUAGUGAAAACAACAAGGCAAAACACCGACAUUUAAAUAUUUGAAUUUUAACAAAUAAUUUGACUUUUGUGAAAGCCUUUUUUUGUUUCUAACUAGCUUAAACGAUAUGAAUAACUCCAAAAUAUGCUCUU